AUGUGCUCUCUCAGCGCAGCCAAUGCCAAGUUUUGUCUCGAUUUUUUCAGAGAGUUGAGCAAAAGAAAAAGAAAUGAGAACAUUUUCUUCUCCCCAUUAAGUCUCUCAGCUGCUUUUGGGAUGGUUGUCCUUGGAGCCAGGGGCAACACACUCAAAGAGAUUGAGAAGGUAUUUCAUUUCAGUGAAGUUUUGAGCAGCACAAAGCAGGGAAACACAUACCCUUCUGAGAAGGUUCAGCUUUGCACAGGGAAACUUGAGCCUACCAUGAACCUUCUAUUUUCCUAUUUGAAGUGUGAAGAAGCUGGAGGAGUCCAUUCUGCGUUCCAGGCUCUGUUGUCUGCAGUCAGUGAACCCAGACCGGGUUGUUCUCUGACCAUUGCCAACAGGCUCUUUGGAGAAGUGACUUACCCGUUCUUCCAGCAAUACUUAGAUUCCACAAAGAAAUUCUAUCGAUCGGAACUGGAACCAGUCAAUUUUAAAUGCACUGAAGAAGAAGCCAGAGAGAAGAUUAACUUCUGGGUGGAAAAUGAAACAAAUGGUAAAAUCAAAGAUCUAUUUGCUGCUGGGUUUAUUGAUCCCUCUACUGUACUUGUCCUGGUCAAUGCUAUCCAUUUUAAAGGAAAGUGGGAAGUAGAAUUUAAGAAAGAAGACACUAAGGAAAUGUAUUUCCAACUGAACAAGAAUGAGAGAAGAACAGUGCAGAUGAUGUUUCAAGAAGGUUAUUUUAACAUGGCCUUCAUAGACGAAUCAAAAAUGAAAGUGAUGGAGCUCCCAUACUUUAAUAAUGAGCUGAGCAUGUUCAUUCUGCUUCCUGAAGUUGACUCUGAGGAUUUUACUGGCCUAGAAAAGCUUGAAUGUACCCUCACAUAUGAGAAACUGGCAGGAUGGACCAGCUUGGCUAGGAUGCAACAGCUGAAAGUGAAGGUGUACCUGCCUCGGUUCAAGAUGGAGGAAAGUUAUGUCCUCAACAAAACUCUCCAGGAGAUGGGAGUGAUGAACCUUUUUCACUGGGGAAAAGCUGAUUUGUCAGGAAUCUCUAGAAAAGAUGGUUUGGUUGUGUCCAAGGCCAUCCAGAAGUCAUUUGUGGAAGUCAAUGAAGAGGGCACUGAAGCAGCUGGUGCCAUGGGGCUUGCUCUAGUGCCUCUGUGCCACUCAGUUUCUUAUGAGUUCAAAGUUGACCACCCAUUCCUCUUCUUCAUUAGACACAACCCAACCAACACCAUUGUCUUCUUUGGAAGAUGUUCCUCCCCUUAA